CAACUUCGACCGCUCACCUUCGAUUUCCGCAUCAAAACCAGACAUACUCAGAGACCAACAUGCAGAUUUCUUUGGAGUCUCAAAUACUCGUCUCUCAUCGAAAGAACCCCACAAUAACUAUGUAUCUCAUCGUGGAGAACGAAUACAACCCUCAACGAGAGCCCCGCCAUCCCUGGAAUGAUUAUACUUGGAUUGGCCGCAUUAAAUGGUCUGCAUGCUACCCUGCAGCUGAAAAUCCAUGGGUAAGAGCAAUCUUGUAACUCUCCUAGUCAACAAUCAUUGACUUGCCCGAACAGAAUGCCACCUCACCCUUAGCAGGCCCAGGCAAAGACGACAACAUACCACCAUCCAGCUCACCAGUCCAGUUCAGUCUGUUUCAGAGGCUCCCCUUCGAAAUUCGAGAAAUGAUAUGGGGGUUUGCUCUGGCAGCGAUUGGGCCAAGGAAUGUUUAUCUGAAAGAGAAGGCGCAACGACGUCCUAAGUUUCAGGGUUAUAGAGUUCGGUCGGACAUCGUGACUGGAGAAGAUUACCCAGACGAAAGACUGUUCAGAAUGGUCAUACUCAGUCCUAGUCAGUACGAGCAAGUGAAAAGUGACUUCAGAAAGCUGGGCAAGAACAAGGAAUUACCUGAACCAAGUCACCCGUACCCAGUUCAGCACAGCAUACCGUUUUAUGACACAGUGCCGGGCAGCCCAGGAUCCUCAUAUUAUGACACGGACCUGAUCGUUCCUGCGUAUGAUGGCCAUUGGAUUCGUUAUAGAAAAAGGUUUCUUGGUUAUGGCUGGGUCCAAAUCGAAUUCGAGGAUCGCUAUACGAGGUGCGUGCCAAAACCUAUUUGCGGAUGGGGAAAGACUUGUGCAUUGCCAACUAUUAUCUUUACUUGCCGAGAAGUAUUCGCUGUUGCAUCUCGCUCCCGCACGUCUCUUCCCUCUCUUGGAUGUUUCGGAAACAACUAUCUUGACGUUGACCGUGAAAUCUUAGUAUUGGAUGAGUAUUCUUUCAAACACCCUAUAGGACUUUCGCAUCAAGAUAGCUGCUAUCCCGAGAUAGGACGUACCGACCGGAACGAAAGUCUUCUUAGUCUUUGCUACAAAGAGAGGCACAGGAUCCAGAGGCUCGCAUUCCAGUUUGAAUUUGAAUUCACGGCUUGUAACGAUUUAUCUUUCAUAUUGUCUCAGUUUGACAACUUAAACGAGCUUAUUUUGUUCGUUUACGACCAAGACUUCUGCUACGAAAAGCGCUUCGGUAACGACUCCUACAAGGAGUCUGAGAUCGAUCUCGAGUUAUACGAUCCGGUAUCUAAGAGUGAGGCGAAAUGGUCUGCAGCGCAAAGUGAUGAAGUGGUCGCUAAGGUACGAGGUCAUCUGGAAAAACGUUCCACAUUUUGGGACCAGUGCGUUGAAAGGCAGGGGAGGAGUUUUGAUGGCGGGCGUGGGCCUACAACUUGGCCUACAACUCUUGUUGUACCCAAGGUAAUGAAGUUUAUGCUCGCUACUCGCAAGCCAAAAGGUGCCAACACCCAGGUUAUGAUGUCCGUAAGACACUAUCGGGAACAGGGUUGGGAGAGGGCGGGGAUAGGAUCGUAUUCGAGCUUUUGCGAAGAUCUGAAUCGUUCGGCAACUCUUUGGUGUAGUAGUUAGUGGUG